GAUAGUCCUCAUCCGAGGCGAGGAGCCACCAACAGCCGUCUUAUAAGAGCGGGGAACCUUCGGGUCAGUAGCCGCACUAGCAUCAUCAUGGUUCGCCUCGUGUUUGUCGUGGCGCUAAGCGUCGUCGUCCUCUCCGGUUGCGCGUUCGCUGGCUUCGAAGGUCAUGUCCAGAACAAAUUCAUAGUGACGUUCAAUAUUGUGCCCGACAUUUUCGGCCUGUUUGCCUACUACACAAUGCCCCGCACUGUAAAGGAAGCCAAACAUGAUGGCUUUGCCCACGCUGCCGAGCGCGGCGACAAAACCACAAUUUGGUGCCGCAAGGGAGACCACCGCGUCUGCGUACUAUUCGACGAGCAGGGCAGCGUGGCUGGGAUCCAGCUCUCAGUCGAGGCCAAAGAGAUCGACAAUUCCGGUGCCCCGCUCGACAUCGCCAGCAUUCCCGAAUGGCGCAAAGACACGCUCCUCGGCUUGGACGUGUAUGCCAACACGGCCUUCUUUGUGUCGAAGGCGAUCCUUGAUGCCGGUGGCCGGGCCAUCAGCUCGGACACACUGACCGCCCCCGAGGGUAUCUACAUUCUCCAGACAGACGCCGAAGGCGUUGAGACCGGCCGUCUUCACGUGAGCAACGACCAGAGCGACGCUGAGUCCGCCGGCUUCGUCGAGCAGAACUGCUUUUACGGCAUGGGCAAGCACUACUUCCAGGACUUGACGAAGGAGACCGUGUGCCAGAAGCACCGCCCCUACUUCAUCCUGUACGGGCCAAAGACCAAGAAGAUGAACGGCUUCGGCUUUGCCGAGUUCGGGAAGCCUACCCAAGGGCGUGGUUGGUUUGAAGCUCCUCCUUCAUCCGUAGCGAAGGCCAUCGCCCCCAACUCUCCCGAGUGUCUGACCCAGUGGACCGAUCAGUACGGCCUGUUUACUUUCCACGUCUACUUCGUCGCCCGCCCUUACUUCACAACCUGCUAGUCAAUAAAGAACGGACGAAAUUUUUGUCGUUCGGACUCUUAUUAAAUGAGUAACCACUAAGAAUGUUAAACACAUUUUUCAAAACUAUAAUAAUCUUGCAACCUUUUGUGUUUUUAGAUGAUACAUUGUAACAACUGAAAUUAAUAAUACCCUACUUAACUAUG